AUGUCGUCCCAAAAUAAACCCGUUGCGUUAUUAUCUAAGGCCUCUAAAAGAAAUCUACGUAAAAAAGACCAUCGUGCGAUAAAAAAAGCCAAAUUUGAAAACCUUGAUAUUUCUGUCAUUGAAGAUAAUACUAAUUCCACAUCCAAUAUUAACCUGGCCGAU